AAGGCUGUGAAGGCAGCAUCCAAAUACCAUAGCGCAUCUGAUGAUGAAGAAGGCCAGCAAAACUCUUCUGGGAGGGAAAUGGGACAGCUCCACAGACUGGGCCGUCGAAGAAAAACGGUGAAGCUGUGCCGAGCGCUCUCUGACCUAGUGGUGUACACGAACUCUGUGGCAGCCCAGGAUAUAGUAGAUGAUGGAUCAACAGGGAACGUGCUAUCGUUCAGUGAGACAAGAGCCCACCAAGCAGUGCAGCAGAAGGCCGAACAGUUUAUGCUCUACAACCAGAAACAGCUUACGAGAGUCUAUCCAUCAGCCUAUCGGAUUGACUCCAGCAAUUUCAAUCCUUUACCUUACUGGAACGUUGGUUGCCAGUUAGUGGCACUAAACUACCAGUCUGAGGGACGCGUGAUGCAAUUAAACGAAGCAAAAUUUAGAGUAAAUGGCAACUGUGGUUAUGUCCUCAAACCUCAGCAGAUGUGCAAAGGCACAUUCAACCCCUACUCUGCUGAUCCACUUCCUGCCAGUCCUAAAAAGCAGCUUAUUCUGAAAAUCAUCAGUGGACAGCAGCUACCUAAGCCUCCUGACUCAAUGUUAGGAGACAGAGGAGAGAUAAUAGACCCCUUUGUUGAGGUGGAAGUUAUUGGGCUGCCUGUUGACUGCUGUAAAGAUCAAACGAGGGUGGUUGACGACAAUGGGUUUAAUCCUGUUUGGGAGGAAACGCUCACUUUUACCAUCCACAUGCCUGAAAUGGCUUUGGUGCGAUUCCUUGUUUGGGACCACGACCCUAUUGGGCGGGACUUUGUUGGACAGAGAACUCUGGCCUUCAGCAGUCUUGUGCCUGGUUAUCGUCAUGUGUAUUUAGAAGGGCUGAUAGAAGCAUCCAUAUUUGUUCAUAUAACCAUUAAUGAGAUCUAUGGAAAGAAUAAGCAGCUGAUAGGACUCAGGGGGUUGUUUAACAAGAACCCCAAGCACAGUUCUGCUGAAACCAGCGGGCCCUACGUACGGAAGCGAUCUAUUGGUGAUCGAAUUCUCCGGCGCACAGCCAGUGCACCAGCCAAAGGUAGAAAGAAAAGUAAGAUGGGUUUUCUGGAAGCUAAUGAAAUGAAAGACAGUGCAUCUGAACCAACAGACCUGAAGGACAAAGAAGGAGUUGUGAGGCGUACAAGCCGGAGUUUGCAAGCCCGUCCUGCUUCUAUGCCCGUGGACAAAUAUCUUCUGGUAGGACUGCCAUGUCCAGCAGAUGAAACUGCCCAAGAUGCCAAAGGAAAAGAAAAUGCAUCUGCCAACAGCGGUGACGAUACAGAUGAGAAGGAAACAAACUCGAAAGAAUCUGGUUUGCCAUGUUCUGAGAAAACAGCAAAUGCUUCCAAUUUGGCAUCUCAGUUUAGGAAGAAUGACCAGGAGGAGAUUAUGGUUGACUCUUUAGGACCACCUCUACAGGAGCAACCUGAAAAUUUAGCUUUUCCAGUUGGUGUAGCUGAAACAAAUCACCUCAUGGGCUAUCAGGACAAUGAUCUUUCUGAUGCAACUGUCCCUCUAAUGCAGGACUCUGAUUUUGAUCUUUCCCCAGAAAAAACAUGUGACAAAAACUGUGUAGGUGAUAAAAACAAAGAUGAUACAGAAGGGACUAGGGAAGAGAAAUUAACUCUUGUGGGGAAUUCCCUUUGUCAAAAAGUAGAGAUGGAAAACCACAAAUGUGACAACGUCAAGAAAAGCACUGUAGCACCUCUUUCUUCGACGGAUAUUUCUUCUACUAUUUGCUCUGAUGCUCCUGAUUUGCACUCCACUUUCACCACGCAAGACAGCGACAUUUCUCGUCUUAUAAAUGAAGUUUCUCUAGCGAACGAGAGUGAGAUGGAUAGCGCUGUCUCAGCCCUCAUUGGACAGCUUGAUGUCACAGAUGACCGAGCUAAUCUUACCGUGGUGUCAAGCCUCCAUGGCACGAGCAGUCAGACCCUCAGUAUGAUGGCUACACACCCACACGCGCUCCCUGUGAACCUUAACAGUCCCUGUAAGCACCACUUGACUACCACAAAAUCCAUCAGGUCCCCUUUAUUCUCAACUCCAGAUACUACCAUGUUCUCCAGCCCCGAGACUGCGGAAUAUUCUGUGUACACAAUUAUCCGUGAGGCAACUCUUACACCAGCUUCUAAAUGUAAGACCCACAGUGAAUUGGUUUGCAAGAAAACGUUAAAUGGUAUAGGAAAUAAUUCUCCUAGCUCUCCUUGUCCUUCUCCUCUCUCUUUGCUAAAUGCAAAUCCCCAAAGAAAAUGCGGAACACAAUCUGGAACAAGCUGGGAAGCCCCCAAGUCUGCCAGUUCCUUUGCUUCCAAUAGCCUCAUCUUUGAGGAGAUGCUUGUUGACCCUCUCGCCGGUGAAAAUUCAGAAAGCAGCAGCCUUGUAGAAGUGGAUGGGGAUUCUCAAGAUCUCUUGGUAACUGCCUGUGAGUACAGGAGGGAAGACGUGAGCCAGUUGGCUUCCCCUUUGAAGCUGAGGCAAAAGCAGGACGCUGGGCGUGGUGGCGAGAAGACCUUUGGGAAUAGUGUUGAGCUCUGUGGGGCCUCCCUGGGUUGCUCGGGUGACUUCAGGACUGCGGGGAGUCAGCUCCCUUUCCCAGCAUGUGAAAACGUUGGCUUUUUGUACCAUCAUCAUUCAGAUAAGCAGAAAAAUGUGAUGUGUACGUCCGAGAGAUCCCAGCUGAGCGGACACUCGCCGGCGCUCAAAAACGCUUUGGCUUUCCCGCCCCAUUCAGCCAUCAAGCAGACGAGCCCUUGCAAAUCCAAGAGUCUUGGUGACUUGACCUCAGAGGAUAUUUCCUGCAAUUUUGAAAGUAAGUAUCAGUACAUAAGUAGGAGCUUUAUCUCCUCAGGCAUGAGAGACAAGAAACUUGCUGCUAUGAAGAAUAUGAGACCACACUCUACGGAUGCUCUGACGGAGCAGCUGAGGAAGCUGGUGUCCCUGGACCAGGAGGAGAGCUGUCAAAUGCUGUACUCCAGGCAGCUUGAUGAAGACUGCCCAAAAGCGUUGGUGAGAAAACUCUCAUCCAGAAGCCAGAGCAGGGUGCGGAAUAUCGCCAGCCGUGCCAAGGAGAGGCAGGAGGCUGCCAGCAAGCAAAAAUCUUCAAAUCCCGGUAGCAUAGCGGGGGUCGUCCUUCGGAACAAGCCCUCGGCAUCUCCUCACGUUAUCAACAGGCACUCAACAGGCUCCUACAUAGCCAGGUACCUGAAUGGCUUCCCCGGGGAGGAUGUGGAGGGCCGAGGAAUACCGGAGGGCGCGUGCACCGCUUUGCACUACGGCUGUAGCGACCAGUUGUAUACGCACGAUUCUGUUCUGCAGCUGGGACCUAACAGUGAUGAUAAGCCUGAAAUUUAUUUCCUGCUGAGACUGUAG